AGGACACAGGGAUUAAAGGUCGUGUGAGCUCCAUGCGCUUCUGGACCUAGAACGUAAAUGUUGAGAGGUAUCACUUUGAAGAAAAUUGCUUAAUAUUUUAUAGUGAAGUGACUUUACCAGUAAAAACCUUCAAGAAGAGUUGAUGUGAUUGUUCAAAUCAACUUAGAUGCUCCCACUUUGGAUUGCUGCCCUCUUACUCUUCGGCACAUCCACAGGAAAAGAAGUUUGCUAUGAAAGGGUGGGGUGCUUUAAAGACGGUUUACCAUGGACUGGGACUUUGUCAAGACAGUUUGCAGGUUUGCCCUGGUCUCCAGAGGAGAUAAACACUCGCUUUCUGCUCUACACUAGACGUAAUCCCAAAGUCUAUCAGGAGAUCAGUGCAAUUAAUUAUCUAACUAUCCAAACCUCACACUUCGGAACAGACAAGAUGACCCGUAUUAACAUCCCUGGAUGGAAAUCAGAUGGAAAAUGGCAGCAAGACAUGUGCAAUGUGUUACUGAAAGCGGAAGACGUGAAUUGCAUUAACAUAGACUGGAUUAACGGUUCGCUGGAAUACAUCGACGCCGUCAACAACCUGCGCGUUGUUGGGGCUGAGGUGGCGUAUUUUAUUGAUGUUCUCACGAAAAAAUUUGGAUAUUCUCCUUCUAAAGUUCACUUGAUUGGCCACAGCGUGGGAGCACAUCUGGCUGGGGAAGCUGGGUCCAGGGUCCCAGGCCUGGGAAGGAUAACAGGGUUGGACCCAGCCGGGCCAUAUUUCCACAACACUCCAAAUGAGGUUAGGCUGGACCCCUCGGAUGCCAACUUUGUCGACGUCAUUCAUACAAACGGAGUUCGCUUGCUCUUUGAGUUUGGUGCUGGAACUAUCAAUGCUUGUGGUCACCUUGACUUUUACCCAAAUGGAGGGAAGCACAUGCCAGGAUGUGAAGACUUAAUUACACCUUUGUUUACCUUUGACUUCAACAUUUACAAGGAAGAAGUGGCUUCCUUCUUUGAAUGCAACCACGCCCGCAGUCAUCGCUUCUACAUCGAGAGCGUUCUCAAUCCGGAUGCAUUUAUUGCUUAUCCUUGUAGAUCCUACAACUCUUUUAAAGCGGGAGAUUGCUUCUUUUGUCCCAAAGAAGGUUGCCCAACAAUGGGUCAUUUUGCUGAUCGAUUUCACCUCAAAAAUAUGCAGCCUAAUAGAUCAUAUUAUUUUUUAAACACUGGGUCUCUUUCCCCAUUUGCCCGUUGGAGGCACAAAUUGUCUGUCAAACUUGAUGGAAACAACGUCACUCAAGGGACCCUGUUUCUCCGUGUAGGUGGUACAACGGGGAACACGGAGGAGUUCGUGAUGACCAGUGGGACACUGAAGCCAGGCAUGACUUACACAAAAUUAAUUGAUGCAGACGUUAAUGUUGGAAAUGUUACAAAUAUUGAGUUCAUUUGGAAGGAACAUUUGUUUGGGCGUUCUCAGAAUAAGUUGGGAGCAGAGAUGGUGAAAGAUAUAUCUGGAAAAUAUGGAUAUGAAUCUACCUUCUGUAGCCAGGAUAUCAUGGGACCCAAUAUUGCCCAGAUCCUGAAACCAUGCUAAAUUCAGAUACAGUCUUGAUGGAUUUAUUUAAUGGAAGUGAUGAAAGAAUCUUCUUCUGGUUGGUAUCUGAGCCAAAGUAGACCAUCAUGAAUGAGGUAGAAAAGUACAGUUGUUGCUGUUUUCUACAUAGAAUGUUUUUCUCCUUGACCAGCUUUGUAGGGGCCUCGAAAACAGACUGAGUCCUAGGACAGAGUAUAGUCUGGUCAUAUUCAGGAACCCAGGUAUCAGUGCCAAAAUAAAGCUGUGUUGGAAUUUCCCUGAAUGAGAUAACUUGAUGCCAAAGUAUCACAGUAUAAAUUCACUGGGCAAAAGUGAGACACUGUCUGCUGAGUACUAGAGGUACAUUUUGAGUAUUUCCAGGUAGAAUAAGCAUUAUUCUAGAAUGAUUUAAAGAAUAUUUAUUAUGUUGCUCAUCUUGCUAAGACAAAGUAUGGCUAUGGUUCAUGCUAUGUAGAUGACAGACAACCCUGUGGGCUGGUAUGUCUAUGUAUUAAUAAUGAAAACUGAUGAGAGUACAUUAGUAUUUCCAAGGUAUUCCUUGUCUUCAGGUGUGUGUGAAGUAAAAGAAAUUUGGGGGCUGAUCUGUGCUAUGUCCAACACUUUGCAAUAGUCCCUGAGAAUCACCAGCCCCUUCUCUGGAGGCCUCCUGUGCUGAGAGAAUGACUCCUCCUCUCUGGGCCUUCAAAGCCCCAUUGCAAGUUUGCAUUUGGCCUAAAGGCAGCGUUUCAUUUGUAAUGCCCCGACUGUCCCUUUGUGUUUGUAAUAAUAAUCCUGUAAUAUUUAAGUGUGUCCAUUUUUUUUAAAGCUUUGCUUCAGUUUUUUGUAAUUCAAUUGUCUGUAUCCAGUGCAAAUCAAAGACGACUGUUUUUAUCUGCUCUGUUUUCUAAUGGGCUUCGUGUUUAGCCCACCGCACUGUACUGUAAAUGUUGUUGAAAGGAAAUGCUGUAAGAGCCUCAGCAGGAGUUUUCUUGAUUCUCCUUGGUGCCUCGCUGCCAAGUGGACCUCAAGAAGAGGCCCCUGGAUGUACUUCAACUUGUGUUGGGGCAGAAAUCAGAGAACCAAGUGGGGUGUUUCUUUCCCAUCGUGCAAGUGGGAGAUGGAAGACUGAUUGGAGCACGAGACUCAGUGAAGGAGGAAAGGAGAUGCAGACACGCUUGGCAUGAACCGGCUGGUUGUCUACUCUCUGGUGGGUGUGUCCACCCAAGGCCUAGGCCAGCCCGGGAGCAGGGUGGCCACAAGCAGCCCAGCGGGAGGGUCCGAGUCUCUGAGUCCUACUAACAGUGUGGCAGGCCAAAUCCCUCGGCAGCCUGGCAGUGGAGAGGGCCCCAUCUUUCUUGGGGGCAGGACACCUUCCUCUGCCAGCAGCUGUCCUGACCCUGCAUUGUUCUCUGCCCAGCCUUUCUCUGUUUCUUUUGAGAAGGGCUUGGCCACCAGCAGGAAGCUCCACCAGCAGCACCAGGCUCUGUGAGUCCUGGCCUGCCUCCUCACCCAAGAGGCCUCUUGGCUGGCUCUUCCUAAGCUUGGAGAGACAAAUGGGAGUCAGUUACCUUCUGGAAACCUAUUUUAAUAAAACACAAACUUUUU